AGGUUUAUAUACUACCAUUGUUACGUAGAGGUUUGAUAGUGUAGAGCUUUUAGUCACCUGAGUGACUUGAUUUGACAAAUAUAAGUGUUACACUGUACAAGUUAUAGAAAGGCCACCUCUGGUUUAUUUCACCUGUCAGAGCUAGAGGAAGGCUUUAGUUAGACUGCACCACUGUAUAUCGUGGUGCCAGAACAUAAGCCAGGCGGUACGUUCAUCUGUAUUUUGUUUAUUGACCAUGUGUAUGAGACAGUACAUAUGUUUGAGUCCAGUUUAAAUGGAAUGAAACUAUAGAUAGUAACGUCACAAGUCAGUCACUAGAAAAAUGUAUCUGGUUCUGUCUAUAGAAAGUUGUUGUCAUUUCGGGACCUGGAAUAGGAAACUGUCACAAGACUUCAUCAGCUUUACACACGAACUCCCACGGCCUGUAUGGCGAAUAUAUGGCUCGCCGAUUCAAUUAACUAAAUACGAUAUGUUGUUGCGGGGUCCAGAUGAUGUAAACAGCCGGUGUCUGCUGGCAUUAGACUCACGAGAUAUAAGAUUUCAACAGAACACAACAGCAUGCGAAGGCCAGCUCUACGUUAGAAUGUGUAUAAGGACGUUUUUUCCCCAGUAAUUUUAAAUUUAUCGUUAAGUCGAGUAAAUAUUAUGCACAAUGCGAAAUCGGUGUUAAGCUUCAGAAUAUCUCUUAAGUUUAUAACAGUAAUUGCUGUGCUGUUCUUUGGAUUUUACGCGUGGAUUUUAACGACAUGGAAACAUACCAACAAACUGAAGUAUAAGUUUACACAAAAGCUUCAUGCUUCCAGACAACUUACGCCAACAGCUAACUGUUCGUCCGAGACGCCAUUUAGCCUGAAGGACAGUAAUACCUUAACAAACUUUAAUCUCAAUAUACCUCAACGGUUUAUCGUUGAUAUCGAGAAAGCAAACGAUCAAAACCUACAGGGAAGUGUUCCAGAUUUGGCCAAAACCGAGUUCGAUUUUGUGCAACGACCAGAUAAAAAAUUCUGCAACUAUGACGUGGAAAUUCUUGUUUUGGUUAAAAGCAGCUUAGAACACAACGAGCUUCGUAACAUCAUACGACAAACGUGGGGUUCUAUUCGCAAUGUUUCAGGAGUGCAGGUCCGAACAGCUUUUCUGAUUGGAAUGACGUCAAAUUCUACCCUUCUACGUGACGUCACAAACGAAACUCGAACAUUCGGUGACGUCAUACUUGGUUCAUAUUAUGACACUUACAAAAACCUGACGGUGAAAGCAUUAAUGGGGUUGAAAUGGAAUCAUUUGUAUUGCAGAAGUUCCUUCUUUCUCUUGGCAGAUGACGACGCGUUCAUCAAUUUGCGUAAAAUUGCGCAAGAUUACGCAAUCGUAAGGUCACCGAAAAGUAACGAAAUUCAGUGUGGACACAUACUUGCGCGGCAUGCAAAGGUUUUAAGACGUGGAAAAUGGGCAGUUUCACCAGAGAUAUAUGAUUUACCAUACUACCCGCCCUACUGCUGGGGUCCCUGUUUCAUCAUGUCCAAAGAUGUUGCUGAGAAGAUAUAUUUAACAUCCUGUCACACGCACUCCGAUUUUGCUAUUGAUGACGUGUUCGUUUCUGGAGUGCUGCGCGAAAAAAUUGGUGUCUCACUUGGUCGAAUGCCAAAAGGGUCGUGUUUGUAUCUUGAUAAUAAAAAUUCUGAUAUUAAAGCAAAGUUUUUAAGUGAAUGGAAAAAGAUAUUAUAGCAUAUGCAUGUAUUUGUAUUAAGUAUACUGUACUUGAAUAAAAGUUCUUCCAUAUAGUAGGGUUGGGGAAGAUAGGACACCUUUUCGUUGUAUUUUUCGUCCCAUUUGCUAGUAAACAAAGAAAAUUCAAAUGUUUAUAAAACUGUAUCUUUACGACUCCCAUAGACUGGUGUUACUUAUUUAAAACACGGUCAAGAUACUUGGAUACUAUGCGCUAUAAAGGUGUCCCAUCUUUCCCCCCUUCACUAUACUAUGUUUGUUUUGCGAGUAUUUUUUUGAUCUUACCGUUUUCGUUUCUAUUAAAUAAGACUACUUUAGAUUUCCAACUGUGUAGCUUUGGUGAUUAGAAAAAUACACCUUCCAAUCAAUGCA